UCAGUCAGACAGAUCCUUUGAACCUCUAUCUUUUCAAAUCUAGGAGAGAGCCCCUCAGUUUCUGCAGAAACUACCUAAAAAAUGCCACAUUUCUGCCUCGUGGUCCUUCAGUUUCAGUUAGGGAUCCUCCGUCCCCAAAACCCACUAUCCCUUGUCUCCAAUGCACUCUCAAUCAUACGAUGCGGUGGGAAUCUCAAAGUACGUAAAUCUUGAGUACAAUGCGAUCGUGCAACUGAGAGUGUAUUGGGGACAUUGGAAAAGAAUUUUUGGUACAGAAAAUUGCUUACCUUCAGUUUUGUGUUUUAUGUACUGUUAAUAAACAAAUAAAACCAGAGAGAGAGGAAACAUCGUGUAAGCUUCAUCGUCAUGCUAGGCUUUUUACACAGAUUUUUAUAAAUGGCGUUGACAAAAGAUAAUGGGUGGUCUCUAGACAAAAUUAUUCUACCUAUAUUAUUGUAUUCUUUUCUCCAACUACUUGUACAGCUUUUUGAGCAACCAACUUCACAAUAACUAAGACAGCCAACUUAAUUCUAUUAUUCUAUCCAUCUUAUGAAUUCUAGCUUGCCUAUUUAAGUGUCCCCUCAUGAACUCUCAGAUGCAUGCCAGCACUUUCUUCUCUUCAUUCUCUUCUCUUAAUUCUUCCCUCAACUCAAGAUCUUCUCUUGCUUUCCCUCUAUUCAUUAAAAGUAAAUAUGGGGCCAGUUGCUUUGUGCAUUGUAGCUUUGGUUAUCAUAAGCAUCACCCGCUGGGUUUACAGGUGGAGGAAUCCUAGAUGCAAUGGAGAACUCCCGCCAGGUUCAAUGGGUUUGCCAUUCCUCGGCGAGACUCUUCAGUUCUUCACCCCCAACCGUUCAUCCGACAUUCCUCCUUUCAUCAAAAAGCGGAUGGAAAGAUAUGGUCCAAUAUUCCGAACAAGUUUGGUGGGACGGCCAGUUAUUAUAUCGACAGACCCGGAACUUAGUCAUUUUAUCUUUCAAAAAGAGGGGCAAUUAUUCCAGAGUUGGUACCCAGAUACCUUCACAGAGAUCUUUGGACGACAAAAUGUGGGUUCCCUACAUGGGUUCAUGUACAAGUACCUCAAGAAUAUGGUGCUAAAUUUAUUUGGUCCUGAGAGCCUUAAAAAGAUGCUCCCGGAAGUUGAACAGGCAGCAUGUAGAAACUUGAACAGGUGGUCGGGUAAGGAGUCUGUUGAAUUAAAGGACUCUACUGCAAGUAUGAUAUUUGAUCUGACUGCAAAGAAACUGAUUAGUUACGAUCCAGAAAAGUCAUCUGAGAAUCUGAGAGAGAAUUUUGUUGCUUUCAUACAAGGAUUAAUUUCCUUCCCUAUGAAUAUUCCUGGAACUGCAUACCACAAGUGUUUACAGGGAAGGAAGAAGGCAAUGAGGAUGUUGAAGAACAUGUUACAGGAAAGACGGCCAAAGCCUAGGGAGCAGCAAAGUGAUUUCUUUGAUUACGUCCUUGAAGAACUUGGGAAAGACGAUACACUCCUCACAGAGGCUAUCGCUCUGGAUUUAAUGUUUGUGCUACUGUUUGCUAGCUUUGAGACGACUUCCCUGGCUCUAACUAUGGCCACCAAAUUUCUUCUGGACCAUCCUUUGGUGCUCAGGGAAUUAACGGAAGAACAUGAGGCAAUUUUAAGAAGACGGGAAGAUCCAAAUUCUGGACUUACAUGGAAAGAAUAUAAAUCAAUGACAUUUACGUUCCAGUUCAUCAAUGAAACAGUCAGGAUGGCAAAUAUAGUUCCAGUAAUUUUCAGAAAAGCAUUACAAGAAAUCAAUUUUAAGGGCUAUACCAUUCCAGCUGGUUGGGCGGUUGUGGUCUGUCCUCCAGCUAUACACUUGAACCCUGCCAAAUAUGAAGAUCCCCUUCAAUUCAAUCCAGGGAGAUGGGAGGGAAUGGAAUUGAAUGGUGCAUCCAAACAUUUCAUGGCUUUUGGGGGUGGCAUGAGAUUUUGUGUUGGAACGGACUUCACCAAAGUGCAAAUGGCUGUCUUUCUCCACUGCUUGGUUACGAAGUACAGGUGGCAAGCGAUCAAAGGAGGAGAGAUUGUUCGAACUCCUGGUCUACAAUUUCCAAAGGGUUUUCAUGUUCAGUUCACUGAGAAAAAUGAAUUGAAACAAGAGCCAACAAAUAAUGCUAUUUAAUCAAAAACAGUUAGUGCACAAAGAAUUCAUUUCUACGGCUAGAGGCAUAACAUCAGCUAUGGAAGAGAUUAUUAUCAAGAAAACAUUCAAACAGUGGAUAAAUGGGGGAAGCAAUUAAAGUGGUCUCUCCACAAACUAAGAAUAAGCUGAAGAAAUACAGUUCAUGAGGAUCACAUUAAAAAAAAACAAAGCUUUUAAGCUUUUUUGUUUAUUAUAUUUAAACACUAAUAUGUGAAAGGCAUGAAAAAAAGUUUGUACAAGUCUCAUACAGAACACAAUCAUCAAUAUAAGAAAGUACCUGUAAUAAUGAGCAUAAAUGUUUUUGCAUUACCUUUUUG